CACCGGAAGUGAGCUGUUGCUUUAACGUCACUUUCCCUAACAGCGCGAAAACGGUAGUGUCUCGUGUAGCAGUAGUGAACCGCAACAGUGCAAGCACUGUCCGAGAAAACAAACAUGUCAAAGAUAGAUAAAAUGAGCAUCUUGGGGGUGAGGAGCUUCGGGAUUGAGGAUAAAGACAAACAAAUAAUCACAUUCUUUACUCCUUUAACUGUUCUGGUAGGACCAAACGGAGCAGGAAAAACGACUAUUAUUGAAUGCCUGAAGUAUGCAACAUCAGGAGAACUUCCACCUGGAUCUAAAGGAGGUGCUUUUGUUCAUGAUCCAAAGGAUGCCCAUGAGACAGACGUGAGGGCUCAGAUUAAACUCUUGUUCUCAGAUGUCAAUGGAGAGAAAGUCGCCAUCCAACGCUCCAUGUCCUGUACUCAGAAAGCAAAAAACUACUCCUUUAAAAGCUUAGAGCAGGUCAUUAGCAGAAUAAAAGACGGAAAAAAUGUGAGCUUGUCUUCUAAGUGUGGAGAGCUUGACCGGGAGAUGAUUUCUUCAUUGGGUGUAUCAAAGCCUGUGCUGAAUAAUGUCAUCUUCUGUCACCAAGAAGAGUCAAACUGGCCACUUAGUGAGGGGAAAGCACUCAAAGACAAGUUUGACUCCAUCUUCGCAGCUACAAAGUACAUCAAAGCUCUGGAGACAAUGCGUCAGCUGCGUCUCAAACAAAGCCAGACAGUCAAAGAAUGUCAGGUGGAGCUACGGUACCUGAAGCAGAACAAGGAGAAGGCUCAGCAGAUUAGAGAGACUGUAGAAAUGAAAGAGGCUCAGCUGGCUGCCUCAAAAAACAGCAUCCAGCAGAUAGAGAACCAGAUAGAUCCACUUGAGAAUCGACUCAUGGAUAUUGACAUGAAGCUUGGGAAAGUGAUGAAGCUGGACAAUGACAUAAAGGCCUUAGACAGCAGGAAGAAACAAAUGGAAGAAGACAAUAGAGAGCUGGAAGAAACAAUGGAAAAGGUGUUCGAGGGUUCAGACGAGGAGCUGCAGGACAUUUACCAGAACCACCAGAGAAAUGUAAGAGAGAAGGAGCGGAGGCUGACAGACUGCCAGAAGGAGCUGGAGAGAGCUGGUAGAGAAUAUCAGAGACUCAACAGAAACAAGGCUGAUCUCUUGGUAGAGCAAGGUCGUCUGCAGCUGGAAGCUGAUCGCCACACCCAGAGCAUAAAAAAUCGUGAUUCUCAGGUUCGCUCUUUAUCAUCCUACCUGGACAUGGAGGGAUACGACCGACCGCCAUUCACCUCUCUGCAGCUUGAGAGUUUCCAUCAACAUGUCACACAGAGACUGGAGCAGGAAAAAGAGACACUCAGUCAGGUUAUGGCUGAUCUGCACGAAAAGGAGCAGCAGAAGCAGCAGUCUAUUGAUGAAAUGAGGGAUAAGAAGACUGGUCUGGAGAGAACAGUGGAGUUGAAGAGAGACAUGCAGGGAAAGAAGCAGCAAGAACUGAGAAGCGUCAGGGCAGAUCUGCAGAGACUCGAGGGUUCAUCUACCCGGCUGCAACAACUGGAAAGUGAAUUGGCUAAAGCGGAGCGUGAGUUGCAGAGUGCAGCAGAGAGCUCCAACGUGGACGAGCUGAAGACUGAGAUUGAGGAACUCCAGAGAGAAAAGACUGAGCUUGACCGCACACAGAGACAGCUCGACCAAGAAAUGCAAAUCCUCAACACACACACAACUGCCCGCACACAGAUGGACAUGUUGAAAAAGGAUAAGACAGAAAAAGAGGAGCAGGUUCGGAAGAUCAAAUCUCGUCAUGGUGAGGAUCUUGUGUCCCUCCUCGGCCAUUUUCCCAACAAGAGAGAGCUUGAGGACUGGAUUUACUCCAAGUCUAAAGAAAUCAAUGGCACCAGGGACAAACUUGCAAAACUCAAUAAGGACUUGGCAUCAAGUGAGCAGAAUAAAAGCCAUAUUGCCGCUGAGCUGCGUAAGAAGGAGCAGCAGCUAGCCAAUGACCAAGAGAAGUUCUUCAACGUGUGCGGAAGUCAAGAGCUAGAGCAGGACCUUGGAAAACUACAAGAAGACCUGGAGAAGAUAUCCAAGCAAAGAGCUAUGUUAGCAGGAGCCACAGCAGUUUACACCCAGUUCAUCAGUCAGCUGACAGAAGAGAGGGAGCCCUGCUGUCCUGUGUGCCAACGAACGUUUCCCUCUGAGUCUGAUCUGCAGGAAGUUAUCAGCGACAUGCAGUCCAAACUACGUCUGGUGCCGGACAAACUGAAAAACACAGAGCAGGACCUGAAAAGGAAGGAAAGGAAAAGAGAUGAGAUGAUGACUCUCAGACCUGUCAGAGAGUCCAUUGUACAGUUACAAGAAAAGGAGCUGCCUGAGUUGAGAAACCGUCUGCAGAGUGUUAACAGAGAAAUUGAGAGACUCAAGACAGAUGUGGAAGAGCAGGAGACUCUGCUCGGUGUCUUGAUGUCUGAGGAAGAAACAGCCAAGGCCUGUCUUCAGGACAUAUCUCUGAUGGACAGAUACCUGAUGGAUCUUAAAGAGGUGGAGAGGAAAAUAGCUCAACAGACAGCCAAACUCCAGGGGGUAGACCUGACCAGAACUAUCCAGCAAGUUAGUCAGGAGAAGCAAGAAACUCAGCACAGACUUGACACAACAUCCAGCAAAAUGGAGCUGAAACGUAAGCUGAUCCAGGACCAGCAGGAUCAGAUUCAGAUGCUAAAAAGUGCAGUAAAUGAGACGAGAGCAGAAAAGCUCCAACUCAGCAGUGAUAUGCAAAAGCAGCAGCAACUGGAAGAGCAGUGUGUUGAGUUCACCACAGAGAUACAGGCCUUAACCAGGGACAUCAGGGAGGCAAAGGAACAACUUUCACCUCUGUCUACUGCUCUGGAGAAGCUGCAGCUGGAGAAACAAGAGCUGAUGGAACGCAAGAGGCAGAGGCAGGAAGAAGGGCAGGAAAAGAUUAAUGCCAUUAAAGAGAAAGUAAAGACAAUCACCACAUUGGAACGAGACAUCACUAAAUAUAUUACUGAAGGAAAAGAAGAAUACAAAGAGCAAAAAGAGUCAGAGCUUCAAGAGACCAACACUCAGCUCCAUGAAGCAGAGAAGCACAGAGAGCGGAUUAAUAAGGAGAUGGGAAACAUCCGUCAGGACAUUGACACUCAAAAGGUCCAAGAGCGCUGGUUACAGGAUAAUCUGACCCUGAGAAAGCGUGUUGAGGAGUUGAAGGAAGUUGCAGCCAAACACGAAACUCUCAUGAAAGACAUGGGCAACAUGCAAGUCUUGCAGCUACGCCAAGAACGCCGCGAAGUAGAACGCAAGUUGGAGGAUUUGAAGAAGAACCGCAGUAUUGCACUGGGACGCCAGAAAGGUUUUGAGGAAGAGAUACUACAUUACAGAAAAGAAAUGCGGGAGGAGCAGUAUGAAAAAGCAGACGAACGCUACAAAAACAAGAUGAUCACAAUGAGGACAACAGAAUUGGUCAUAAAAGACCUGGAUCUCUACUACAAAGCUCUUGAUCAAACCAUCAUGAAGUUCCACAGCAUGAAGAUGGAUGAGAUUAAUAAGAUUAUCAGAGACCUGUGGCGCAGCACCUACAGGGGUCAAGAUAUAGAGUAUGUGGAAAUCAGGUCUGAUGUUGAUGAAAAUUCAUCUGCUGGAGUCAGGCGGCGGGUUUACAACUACAGAGUAGUUAUGGUGAAAGGAGACACAGCUUUGGACAUGAGAGGACGCUGCAGUGCUGGUCAAAAGGUGUUGGCAUCCCUGAUCAUCCGCCUCGCUCUGGCAGAGACAUUUUGUCUGAACUGUGGGAUCCUGGCCUUGGAUGAGCCCACCACCAACCUGGACAGAGAGAACAUUGAGUCACUGGCACACGCCCUUGUAGAAAUAAUCAAGAGUCGCUCUCGUCAGCGUAACUUCCAGCUGCUCAUCAUCACACACGAUGAAGACUUUGUGGAGCUGCUGGGCCGGUCCAGUUACAUCGAGCACUUCUACCGGAUCCGGAAGAAUCAGGACCAGAACUCCGAAAUCACAAAGUGCAGCAUCUCCUCCCUCUCAUCCUAUCUCCACUGAAGUGACUGUACACGCCUUUAGAAAUGCAGCUCUGCUUUAUGUUUGAAUGUGCUUGGACAGUUUAACUCUUUAGAAAUUAAACUCAGAUCUUUAAUUGGCUACAAUUAAGAUAUUACUAAAUAUUGAUGCCACAUUGCAGGAUGUGGGGUUUUCUGUUUCAUUUUUCUUUUUUGUUACUUUAGGAUAUCACUCUUCAUUAACCCUAACAUUAAUAACUGAUAACUGGUUUUCUGCUUUUACCAAAAAAAAAGUCAUUCCAGUGCCUGAGAACCCAAACUGACAGCAGAGGAAAGGAUCUAUGUUUAUGACAUGAGUAGCUUCAGCCUGAUGUGGUUGAAUUGGUUAUCCAGUUCUGUGCACAUACAUGAAACAAAAAACUGCAUUGAUUUAAAAUUAUUAUGCAUUUAUAAUUCUGACAGUAACCAAAGAUUAACAGGAGCAAUAAAGAAAUAGUUUUUGUUUAGACUUCCUUGUUUCAUCAUUUCUGUUAAUAAAUUUCUUCUGAAACUCAGAAGUUUUGGUCUUAACUGGAAUUUUUGCUUGUCACCAUUUUUUAAAUCAUUACAGCAACCAACCCAACUAUUUCAGAGAAAACCAGCAGAUUUUUUUUUUUUUUUUCUCAUCAACCACCAUUCUCUUAUCUCACAUAGGCUGUGACAGCAAUUGGUUUUUGUAAAGGAGGAAACACGGUGGAGGCGUGAUCAAAGCAGGUAUAAAUUCGGUGCUCUCAGUCCGUGUUUUCAAAGCAAACUGAAAGCUGAAAAUUAAGCAGUCAAGCAUUUCAGAGGCUUCUUGAAAAUAUUUUUCCUGAGGAGUCGCCCAACAAUAAGCAAGUAUGGAGAUGCUAGUACUUCUUCUGGUCUCUGCUGUUGCUCACCUGGUCUGCCCAGCUCCUACGAAUAAUGCCCUCAACCACGUUAUUGAUGAGGCUACAAAUUACAACAGAAGCCUCUACCAGGACUUCUUUGUGGAGGAUGUGACGGAUCUGGCAGACGCUGGAUGCAAUGGUACUUUCUACUGCAAAGUCCAGCAGAUCUUGAAUGACCACCACAAAAACACAAAAGAUCGUGGAGACAUGAAGGUUUUGCGAAACCUCAAUGUGUUCAUCAAUGAAACAGAG